UUUAAGAGUCAGACAAUCACAGUUUACACGGGUCUUAGAGUCAGUUUGUUUGGGUUCUACGCCUAGCUCUGCUAUUAACUAGCCAUGCGACCUUUAACAAAUCACUUCACCUCUUAGCCUUAAUUUCCUCUUCAAGGUCCUACCUCCAGUAAACCUUGUGUUAGUCUACUAGAAAAAAGAACACAUGCUAUCUCCCACUGUGACCACUAGAUGGCUUAUUUGCUUUGCUUUGCUUUCCCCCCUCCCCUCUCCUUUCUUCUCUCUUACUUCCUUUCUCCCUUUCUUUCUUUCUCGUUAGUUUCUCUAACCAAAGACAUUAUUAUACCACCUAUCUGAAUAACCAUCUAUACUGGUGUGUGUCAUAUCACAUAAUUGUCAGGAUCCCAGAUAUCUGUCCCUGUUAAGAAGGAUCGUGAAGAUGAAAACUGUGAUGAGGACACAGCUCCACUAACUUAGGGAACCUAGAACUUGUCCAGAGAAGCCAGCCCCUCUGGGGCAACGGUUUGCAAAUCUCGACUUGCUGGCAGUUCCACUCAUUUUCCAUCAGCCUCCCUGAUCUACUUUGUGCUGGGAGCAGGGCAAGAGCCAACAAAGGGGAAGAGACGACAAGGAUCUGCAGAGCGCGGGGGUGUGGUCCGGGGAAGGAGGAGGUCUGGGAUGGAUCAUGGGCAUGGGUGCCCGGGAGCGGCCCGGGGGGCGGGAGGCGGUGCCGAGCUCACAUUGGCCCAGCGGGCGCCCCUCCUCGCGGGGCCGGCCUAGCGCCCAGUGAAAGUGAUAUCGCCCUGGGGCCGUGAGCUGAGGCGACCUUGGCGACUGAGGAAACAUGGCUGAGUUUACGCGGCUGCAGAACUGCCUGGCGCUGAUCCGCCUACGAAACCCGCCUGUCAACGCGCUCAGUGAGACUGUUCUCCGUGGAAUAAAAGAGGGUCUGCAGAAAGCUCUAACAGACCAUACAGUAAAAGCCAUUGUGAUUUGUGGAGCAGAUGGCAUCUUCUCUGCAGGUGCUGAUAUCCGUGGCUUCAGUGCUGAUAUUACCUUUGACUUGACACUGGGAAGUGUAGUAGAUGAAGUACAGAGAAACAAGAAGCCUGUGGUGGCAGCUAUCCAAAGGGUGGCUUUAGGAGGGGGACUGGAGCUGGCCCUGGGCUGUCACUAUAGGAUUGCCCAUGCAGAGGCUCAAGUUGGCUUCCCAGAAGUCACACUAGGAAUCCUUCCUGGUGCAAGAGGAACCCAGCUUCUCCCCAGACUUAUUGGAGUUCCUGCUGCACUUGACUUAAUUACCUCAGGAAGACAUAUUUCAGCAAAUGAAGCUCUUAAGCUGGGUAUUCUAGAUAAAAUAGUGAACUCAGAUCUGGUUGAAGAAGCAAUCAAAUUUGCCCAGAGAGUUUCAGAUCAAUCUCUAGAAUCCCGUAGAAUCUACAACAAGCCAAUCCAGAGCUUGUCCAACAUGGACGCCAUUUUCAGUGAAGCCCUUCUGAAGAUGCGGAAGCAGCACCCUGGGUGCCUUUCUCAGGAGACUUCCGUCCGUGCAGUCCAGGCCGCUGUCCAGUAUCCCUAUGAGGUGGGCAUCAAGAAGGAAGAGGAGCUGUAUGUGUACCUUCAGAGAUCAGGGCAGGCUAGAGCCCUGCAAUAUUCUUUCUUGGCGGAGAGGACCACAAAUAAGUGGUCCACUCCCUCUGGAGCAUCCUGGAAAACAGCAUUGGCACGGCCCAUCUCUUCUGUUGGCAUUGUCGGCUUGGGAACAAUGGGCCGAGGCAUUGCCAUAUCUUUUGCAAUGGCCAAAAUCCCUGUGAUUGCUGUAGAAUCAGACAAGAAGCAGCUAGAGACUGCAAACAAGAUAAUAACCUCCAUCUUAGAAAAGGAAGUGUCCAAAAUGCAGCAGAGUGGCCACACUUGGUCAGGACCAAAACCCAGGUUAACUACAUCUAUGAAAGAGCUUAGUGGUGUAGAUUUAGUCAUUGAAGCAGUAUUUGAGGAAAGGAACCUGAAGAAACAGGUCUUUGCUCAACUGUCAGCCGUGUGCAAGCCAGAAGCAUUUUUGUGCACCAAUACUUCAGCCCUGGACAUUGAUGAGAUUGCUUCUUCCAGUGAUCGUCCUCACUUGGUCAUUGGCACCCACUUCUUCUCACCAGCUCACGUCAUGAAGUUGUUAGAGGUUAUUCCCGGCCGAUACUCUUCCCCCACUACCAUUGCCACUAUUAUGAAUUUAUCAAAAAAGAUUAAAAAAAUUGGAGUGGUUGUAGGCAAUUGUUUUGGAUUUGUUGGGAAUCGAAUGCUGAAGCCUUAUUAUAAUCAGACAUAUUUCUUAUUGGAAGAAGGCAGUAAACCAGAGGAGAUAGAUCAGGUGCUGGAAGAGUUUGGUUUCAAAAUGGGACCUUUUAGAGUGUCUGAUCUUGCUGGGUUGGAUGUAGGUUGGAAAUCCCGAAAAGGGCAAGGUCUUACUGGACCUACAUUGCCUCCAGGAACUCCUUCCCGAAAGCGAGGCAGCUGGAGAUAUUGCCCAAUUCCUGAUAUGCUCUGUGAAUCAGGACGAUUUGGCCAGAAGACAGGUGAGGGUUGGUACCUAUAUGAUAAGCCAUUGGGUAGGAUUCACAAACCUAACCCCUGGCUUUCCAAAUUUCUGACACAGUACAGAGAAACUUAUCACAUUGAACCACGUAUCAUUAGCCGGGAUGAGAUCCUCGAGCGCUGCUUAUAUUCACUCAUCAAUGAAGCAUUCUGCAUCUUGGGAGAAGGGAUGGCGGCUACCCCAGAGCACAUUGAUGUUGUCUAUUUACACGGGUAUGGAUGGCCAAGGCACAGGGGUGGGCCCAUGUUCUAUGCUUCCACAGUCGGGUUGCCCACAGUGGUAGAGAAGUUGCAGAAAUAUCACAGGCAGAAUCCUGAUAUUCCCCAACUGGAGCCUUGUGACUAUCUGAAAAAACUGGCUUCCCAGGGAAACCCUCCUCUGAAAGAGUGGCAAAGCUUGGCAGGACCCCCCAGCAGUAAAUUGUGAUUCAGCCUUUCAGGUUUUGCCUCACAUGCUGGCAUCAGGUAAUGCUCACUGAAUUUCAGUGAAGCUAAAUCCAAAGAUCCAAAGUAAGAUUGCUCUGAAAUGCAAAGCAAAAGAAGUAAUUGGCCAGCUAAAACUCUUCUUUGGGUCUUCUGUCUGAUAAAGAUUCUAAUGGGUCAGAUCCUUAAGAAUGUGCUUCCUAUGCCUGGGAUUCUUUCCCUAUCAGAUAAAUUAUUUCAAUAUCAGUAAAUAAACUUAUGUUAACACCAUAGUAACUAAGGAAAGAGCCUCAGGAAUAAGUUGAGGUUCCCAAGUUCUUUGAUCAUUGGAGGAAUAUGUCAUUAGUUAUUCACUGAUUAAAUAUAUAAAUUCAUUUUGAGCCCUUUCAACCUCACACACGUAGCACUGAUAGGAAAUCUUAUGGACCCUUCAUUCAACAGACACUCAUCAUGCACCCCUGAGCAUCUUGCACAGCACUUGACAGACCUAGAGUCCAGAGGGGCAUUAAUCCAGCAAGGAAGCCUAUGAUAAAUUUCACUUCAGAGUCUCAGACGUGGAGUGAAGAUGGUUGGCAGGGUAGAGUCAGCAGUGAGAGUCUCUAUGAGUGAACUUGGAAAGCUGCCCAGGGAGAGGCAGAGGCAGUAGCCAGAGGCAGAGUAUCAAUGGCAGAACAGUGUUGAAGUUUAGACAAAACACAGUUGGGAGUUGGUGAGGAAACCACAUACUUCAGACUAGAAUGGGGAGGUCAGGGUAGCUUGGCAAGUCAUGCUCAAUAUAACACUUCUGUCCAAGGCCCAUGUGCACAGUUGUCCUUGCUGCUUGCAAGGGGCUCAGUAACAUUUUAUGAUAAUUUCCUCAAGACCACCGGAUGUCCACAACCUGGUCUUUAUUUACUCUUCUAGUCAAACAGAAGUAAUGGAAAGUAGUUAAGUUGUUGACUUAGUGUAAGAAGAGAUCUCAGGGAUCUAACCUCCUCUAAUUCUGUGAUAAAGUCAUGAUGCAUUUCCCGGUCAUGGUAUGCCUUUGUGAUGUUGGGUAUGAAAUCUUAGCAAGUCUAAAAUUAUUGUAAAACAAAUUUUGUGUAAUUUUGUUAUAAGAACUCUUUUUCCUUUUUGCCUUGUAUGGUUAAAUGUUGAGGGGCUAGUCAACACAAAAACUCGUACACAAAUGUUUAUAGCAGAAUUAUUCAUAAUAGCCCCACAUUGGAAACAACCCAAAUGUCCAUCAACUAAUGAAUGAAUAAAUAAAAUGUAGAAUGGCCAUACAAUAGGAUAUUAUUUAGUCAUAGAAAGAAAUGAAGUGCUAAUACAUGCUACAACAUGAUGAACCUUGAAAAUAGUAUGCUAAGUGAAAAAAUAGGCAAAUCUAUUGAGAUAGAAAGCAGAUUACAGCUUGCCUAAGGCUGGAAUGAUUGGGGGUGGGGAAUAGGGAGUGGUUGCUAUUGGGUACAAGGUUUCUUUCUGGGUUGAUGAAAAUGUUCUGAAAUUAUUGUGGUGAUGGUUGCAUAACUCUGUAAAUCUGCUAAAAACCAUUGACUUGUAUAACUUAAAUGUGUG